AAGGAGACCCCGGUAUUAUUUUCAUUACACAGCACAACUGAGUAGUCCUGCAAAUCCCAUGAGUUCUUCUGAAAUAGCCCAUGAUUUCUCUCCACACCUUCGAGUCUACAAAGACGGCCGAGUGGAACGACUCGAGGGCACGGCCACCGUCCCUCCAUCGUUCGACCAGAACACCGGUGUCCUGUCCAAGGACGUCAUCAUCUCGGCCUCGACACCAUGCCUCUUUGCUAGGGUUUACAUCCGAACAGAAAACACCAUCAACAGUCACUGCGGUGCAAAAAGAAGAAAACUCCCACUUCUUGUUUACUUCUAUGGAGGCGCCUUUUGCUUGGAAACUCCAUUCUCUCCCAUGUACCAUAACUACCUGAACUCCUUGGUGUCAGAGGCCAAUGUGGUCGCCGUGUCCGUUCACUAUAGGAGAGCACCGGAGCAUCCACUACCGGCGGCCUACGACGAUUCAUGGACCGCACUUGAAUGGGUGUCAUCGCAUUUGGGUGGUGAUGGUCCUGAUGAGUGGCUGAGUGCGUACGCGGACUUGAGGAAGGUGUACGUGGCCGGAGACAGUGCCGGAGGUAACAUAGCGCACCGAAUGGGGCUGCGAUUUGGUUGUGCACUGAAAUCUAAGACUUCAGACUGGGUUGAAGGAAUUGACCUUAGAGGCAUCAUCCUAGUUCAACCAUUUUUCAUGGGCAAUGAACCAAUUGGUAACGAGAGAACUGACCAGGCGACCCGGUCCUUGCUUGUCAGGCUGUGGCACCUAGCAUGCCCGUCGGCCAAGGACGGGUGCGACGACCCGUGGAUCAACCCAGAAAAGGAUCUGAGGCUCUCGAGGAUGGGUUGCGCUCGGGUCCUCAUCUUCAUCGCGGAGAGAGAGGUGCAGAGGGAGCGAGAGUGGCUUUACCGGGACUCGCUGGUGAAGAGCGGAUGGGAAGGGACCGUGGAGGUCAUGGAGACGAAAGGAGAGGGUCACCAGUUUCAUUUGUUCCAUCCAACGAGCGACGAUGCAGUGAGUCUGAUGAGGCGAUUCGUUUCUUUCCUGAACGAGAACGAGAUCAGUCAGGGUGACGGUGAUUGCUCUUCUUUUUCCUCUUCGCUUAGUAUGGUGACUGCUAAUGGUGUUGAAUAAAGUCAUAAACAAGGCGUAUCUCUAGAUUUUCAUUGGUCAUUUAUAAUUAUUUCUAUAAUGAUUAUGGUAGAUGCUUUUGAUUUCGGGGACUUAUUAUUAUUUGUGAUAUAAAAUAACAGAAUGAAUAAAGGGAAAGUAUCUCGAA